AAAGUGCUUGGGAAGAAGGGUUCUGAAUCGUAGAGAGAGAAAGUUUAGAGAGAGAGAGAGAAAGUUUAGAGAGAGAGAGAGAAAAUGUCAGGAAGGGGAAAGGGAGGAAAGGGGCUGGGAAAGGGAGGAGCAAAGAGGCACAGGAAGGUUUUGAGAGAUAACAUUCAGGGAAUCACUAAGCCUGCGAUUCGUCGGUUGGCUCGCAGGGGCGGAGUGAAGAGGAUCAGUGGUUUGAUCUAUGAGGAAACAAGGGGAGUCUUGAAGAUAUUCCUCGAGAAUGUAAUCAGAGAUGCUGUGACUUACACAGAGCAUGCGAGGAGGAAGACUGUGACCGCCAUGGAUGUGGUCUAUGCUCUCAAGAGGCAGGGGAGGACCCUCUAUGGUUUUGGAGGUUGAGACUCUACCUCUUUUUGCAGUUCUAUAUCUCUCUCUAUCUCAUCUUUCUCUCUCUCAUACUAUGUCGUUUUCUCUUACUGUGUCUUGCAAAUGUUAAUGGUGGUUUUGUUGUUUCUCUUCGAUGCCCUUGCAAUGGAGGCUGGAUCUUUGUUGAUAUAUGGUUUCUUCUAUCACUUUAUUUGAUUUUUGGUGGGAUGUAUAUGAUGUUGAAGAAACGCGAGGGAUUUGAAAUGAAUGAAUAUCUCUGUGUUC